GCGAUGCGGCGUGACGUGGGUGGGCGUGUCCGAGAAGGCGGGGAGCAGGCCGCUGUCAAGCAGACAUGGAGACCCGCUACAACCUGAAGAGCCCGGCUGUGAAGCGACUCAUGAAGGAAGCAGCAGAACUGAAAGACGCUACAGACCACUAUCAUGCCCAGCCACUCGAGGAUAAUCUUUUUGAAUGGCACUUUACUGUCAGGGGUCCACCAGAUUCUGAUUUUGACAGCGGCAUUUACCAUGGCCGAAUUGUUCUUCCACCCGAAUACCCCAUGAAACCUCCAAGUAUCAUUUUGUUAACAGCUAAUGGUAGAUUUGAAGUUGGGAAGAAAAUUUGCUUAAGUAUUUCCGGGCACCAUCCUGAAACGUGGCAGCCAUCUUGGAGUAUCCGAACUGCGUUGUUGGCCAUCAUUGGAUUCAUGCCUACAAAAGGAGAAGGUGCCAUAGGUUCCCUGGAUUACACACCUGAAGAAAGGAAAGCACUUGCCAAAAAGUCUCAGGACUACUUCUGUGAAGCGUGUGGAAUAAGUAUGAAGUCUGCUUUGCUACCACUUAACUCAGAGUCCAGUCGAGAUGACAGAGAAGACAGAGAACUUGCUAGACAAAUCAGUUUUACGGCUCAAGUAAAUCCUCCAGGAAAUUCCCAAACAGAAGGAAACAAGCAGCUGCAAAAGUCACCUGAACCAGACCAAGCGACUCCUACAACUCCUCAGGCUGAGAAUCAGGAUGGUCAACCCAACUCUGUUGAAGAGGCUACACAGCCAACGCCUGCUGUAAACACCUCUAGGAGCCCUAGACAGAGACGGGUACAUCAGAGAAGGAACCCAGCUUCACCAGGUCUCAUUGAAGUUCAACACCAUGCUGUUAAUGGCAGCAACACUGGCUCAGCAAUUCUCAUAGUUGUGCUGACAUUUGCAUUGGCAGCUCUUCUUUUCCGUAGACUGUAUUUAGCCAAUGAAUACAUUUUUGACUAUGAUCUAUAAUGUUUGCAGAGAAUGACAGGAAUGUCUCAAUAAACCAUUUGUAUCAGGUAUGUUAGGAUUACAGUCUACAGAUUGUAUUUAAUGACUGUUUAUGGUAUACGGUGGCAUUUUUGCAGGGAUGUCGUUGGCCAGACAUAUGCAGAAAUGUUAAUGCUAAAAUAUAUAUCCUCGGGGGAAUGGUUAGCGAUGAGAUGCAUGUAUGUUUUAUAUGGAGGACUGCAGCACUCCUGUGAUUUCACUAUUUGAAUUUCCAGUGUGAUAUCUCCCAUAUGCUCCAGUGUCAGGCCAUAUACAUACAUAUAUAUUAUUACUCCUUCAGUUGGUUUAAUAUUGCAACUUGCGAUGGAGAAUGGCAUAGUUUACCUGCUGCCACGCUUGCCCCUUCUCUACUGUUGCCCUUUCCCACUCUAGAUUUGAACAUACAGGACAGACCGGUUGGUGGCACACCGCCUAACCGCAUCCUUCUUUGGGAUUGUCAGUCAUAUUACUUGUUCUAGCUCAUGGUAUCUCAGCAAGACUUACACUCUCUUCUUUUUCCAAAAAGUUUGGUGAAGACUACAUAUUUAAAUCUGUGGAGAAGAUUAACUGAAGAACAACCUAUGUUUUAAAACCCUGCCCCAUGUUUUUUUGCAUUGCAGUGUACAGAAUAGAUAAACA